GCACACCUCGUGGUGGCGGCGACCAAUACCGUCGGCGGGCGGCGGAGGCAGCGUCAGCCAUGGUGCACGUGAGCUUCUAUCGCAACUAUGGUAAGACUUUCAAGAAGCCAAGGCGUCCGUAUGAGAAGGAGCGCCUUGAUGCUGAGCUCAAAUUGGUGGGUGAGUAUGGCUUGAGGUGCAAGCGUGAGCUGUGGCGUGUGCAGUAUGCCCUCAGCCGCAUCCGAAAUGCUGCAAGGGAGCUGCUCACCCUUGAUGAGAAGAACCCCCGCCGUAUCUUUGAGGGCGAGGCACUCCUUCGCCGCAUGAACCGCUAUGGUCUUCUUGGCGAGGGUUAGAACAAGCUUGAUUAUGUGCUUGCGCUUACUGUUGAGAACUUCCUGCAGCGCCGCCUUCAGACCAUUGUCUUCAAGAAUGGCAUGGCAAAGUCCAUUCAUCAUGCUCGUGUGCUCAUCAGGCAACGCCACAUUAGAGUUGGGAGGCAACUUGUCAACAUUCCCUCUUUCAUGGUGAGAGUUGACUCUGAGAAGCACAUUGACUUCUCCCUUACCAGCCCACUUGUUGGUGGUGAACCUGGAAGGGUGAAGAGAAAGAACUCAAAGAAGGCAUCUGGUGGAGGCGGUGAUGAUGAGGAGGAAGAGUGAUUAUGUGAUGCUAGCUCCUUGUUAGGGCCUAAUUUUGCUGGCUUUGUUAGGACCUAAUUUUGUUACAUUAAAACAAAAGUUGGCUGCUGAGGAUUGUCUGAAAUUGCAAUUUAAAUUCGUGAGAACUGUAAUUGCUGAGACUCUUCAUUGCUGAAGUUGUUUGUCCUAUGAACAUGUUAAUUCAGUGAGAAUUCAAAGGAAUGUUUGCUCUGUUGCUUAAA